CCGUGCCGGCCCCCGCAGGUUCUGAGCGCUGCGUGCGGAGCCCCGAGAGCCGCGUCCGGCCGGCAGCGGCCGCAGCGGGCGGGUGCUCCGCAGCCCGGCGAGAGUUAACGGCGGCACCGCCUCUCCAUUGGCGGCCCCGCGGCGGCAGCGGAGCCCCGCGCGUCCGCCGGCCCCGCGCUCCGCAGCCUCCAUGCGGCGGCGGCCGCCGGCAUGCCCGGCACGCCCAGCCUGCUGCCUCCUCUCCUCGCCCUGCUCUGCCUCGGGGCCGCCGACCCCAAGCCCGACCCCGACGGCGACCCCGACGAGCCGUGGUGCCCCUACAAGGUGGGCGGCGAUGGCGCGGCGGCGGCGGGGGCGCGGCUGUGCUUCCGCCCGCCGGCCCGCGGCUUCCAGUGCGCGGCCCGCGGCUGCCGCGCCCACCGCUCCGCGGGCGGCGCGCUGGUGGCCAACGUGCUGCGGAACGGCAGCGUGCUGCUGCAGUGGGGGCUGCGGCACUGGGGGCCGCCGCGCCCCGCCGCCGCCUCCCUGCGCGGCUUCGCGCUCAACUGCUCCUGGGACGGCACCUACACGCGAUUCCCCUGCGACAGCGUGGAGCUGGGAGCCGCCUGUCGCGAUUAUCUGCUGGCCGAGGCGCACGGCAGCGUGCGCUACCGCCUGUGCCUGCAGCCGCGCUUGGCCCCGCCGCGCCCCGCGCCGCCCGCGCAGUGCGUGGAGUUCCGCGUGGAGCCCGCGGCCAUGCGCGACAUCGUGGUGGCCAUGACGGCCGUGGGGGGAUCCAUCUGCGUGAUGCUGGUGUUCAUCUGCCUGCUCGUGGCGUACAUCACCGAGAACCUCAUGAGCCCCCGCGGAGGACGCGCGGCAGCCGCUGCGCGCCGCGCGUAGCGCGGGAGGUGGUGGUGAGGAUGAGGAUGAUGAUGGUGAUGGUGAUGAGGAUGCUGCGCCGCGGGCAGCUCCCGCAGCCGCCGUUCCAGCGCUCUCCGGCCAGGGAAGAGGUUCUCUCCGGACUGUUGUGGCAGCGUUGGGUUUGCCGUGCCCGGAUUUCCAGGAUGCGCGGUUCAAGCGGAGUUCGGAGCUCUCCUUGCUCCCGGGGGUGUUUCUCAGCCAGAGCCGUUCCUGGGGACUGGACUCGUGGCAUCUCAGCGGAUCAAAAACAGUGGCAGAGGCCCACAAGUGCCAGAAAUUGUCUGUUUGUAAGCGCAGGCGGCAGAUCCUACCCAGGCCUGUUUGAAAAGACUCUCCAGAACACCCUUGUUUUAAACCUAAAACCUCUUGGUCUUAGACCCGUGCUUGAUUUUUUUCCUGUGGGGUAAACUUGUUUAAAGUUAGGAGAACUGACUGGUGGAACGCAAACCCCACUGCUAAGCGUGCGUUUGAUCCAAAGCCCACUUAAUCUCAUGUUUUAGGUGGGUUUUGUAUCAUUUUGGGGGCCUAGACUGUCCAAAAACAACAGGGGUUUUCUGGUCGAGGGUUUUCUGGUCAGCUCCAGCGACCAUCAGCAUCCACCACCUGCUUUUCUCCCAUCAGAACUGUGUCACGGUUUCACAAAGAGCGAAGAUAAAGGGAUAAACUGAGUAAGAAAACUCCAUUUGGUUGAGCAAGCAGGAACCAACCCUUAAUUUUAAGUAAGAUAUAAGUGAGCACCUCCCUGGAAUCCCCUCCUUUAGCAAUGCAGCUGCACUAAGGUAGAAGCUUUUUGACCACAGGACUCACUGAUGUUGUAGCCGAGUGUUUUGAGCGUAGGAACACUCCCCGUGCACUCCUCACUUGAUGCUGUAGUAAAGUCAGGUUUUAGCCAUACUCUAGUACCGAUUCUAUUGUGCCUUAGUGCUGAGAAUUUGUCCCAUUUCUAUCUGUUCCUGUAGUCCUCGUAGUUCAGUGUAUCUCCCUUGUAUUCUUGUCUCUGGAAUUAGUGGUUGUUGGUUUGUCUGUUUUCUUUUUAAAAAAAAAAAAAAGAAAAACCAACUCGGGCUGAUCAUUACUUGAAAUUUAAUAUAUACAAAGUAGUUACCUUCAGAGAGGUGUUUAGUGGGGUAGUUUUUAGUAUGUGUUGUUUGUAUGUAGUUGACUGCCGUAACACAAAAAAAAUUAAUUUAUUAUCACUUAGGAACUGUGCACCUAAAGCAAAAAAAAUAAAGAAAAAAGUAGGGGAAAGGCUCUGCUGUAAAGGGAUUGUUGCUGUUAAAACACGUCAGGUUCAGUCGUGAUCUGUUUGUGUAGAUGUUUAGCACUGGUGAACGACCUGUCUGCUUUUCCUUGUGAAAGUCGUUUGUGAAGUUUAAACUUGUUGGUAGAGGGUAAAUAUAGGAAGUGUGUGGAAUCCUGAAUAAUACACAGUAUUUGUCCUGAUCGUAAUCCCUUCAAGGAGUGGCUGAGGAACUGAAGGUCUGCAUUUCAUGGGCAGAAACCCCUUUUUCUUUGUUAUUCCUGUUAUUCCAUUCUGCUGCUGACUCCAUUUGAGUGUUGUGUUUAUUUCCUUGCCCAUGUACUCAAUUGAAGCAACUCAUUGAUGCCAUAAAUCCUGGGUUUUUAUCCCCAAGGAGAUCAACUGCUGGAAGAAAAGGCGAUUUUUAACAACAUUAAGACUAAUUUUGGUCUUUUAAAGGUUUCAAGUCAGCCUUUGGUGUCACCAGUUCAGCACAGGACCAUUGGAGUGCCACUGAUUUUGUACUUCUCUGUCACCUUUUGUCAACCAAUGUCGCUGUUCUGUUCCUCAUCUUGAAUUGCCAGAUGUGAAAAUCAGCUGUAUAAACAACGAGCCUUGUACCACCUUGGCACUGAACUCAAUAAAUUAAGAGGAUAAUGAAAAGAAGUGAGAAAUUCAUAAAUAUUUAGAGGUUCAAGAUCUUGCUUGACUCGAAGUGGGUCUGCCCAAACUGGUCAUAAUAAUAUUCUAUUGCCUACUGUAAAAUUAUGACAGCAUUAAUGGGAAAAUAAGAGAUUUAUUCUCUGAAUGCUCAAUUUUAUUUACUAGAGGUUUGGACUACAGAUAACUGGGUAAUUCAGGUGGUAGCACUGAUGUAAGUCUGAGGAAAUGGAAAUUUAAUUUACAGUUUGGAAGGUGGCUGUCUUCAGUAAGACACCUCUGCAGGUAAUAAUGGAUACAGUGACCUGCUAAAGCAGCACCUAGGAGAUAAUAAAGAGGUGUUUUUGUAGUCAUUUCACAUUUUUAUUCAUCAGUCUCUGGGGAUUGCAUUGCAACAGCUUCCUGGGCAGAGGGUAGAAGAAGAAUAAAAAUCCUAAUAGAAGAAAAUCUGCAAUUUUCUAAAGGAUUCUUUUACUAUUUUUUUCCUUUUCCAUGCAUUAUAAAUGGGAUGUGGGAAACCAUAUCUGAGCUUCUCAUUAAUUUUCAGUGGAUUAAGCUUUAAUUGAACAUAUCUGGGUGUGUGGAAAAGAAAAUCAAGAGUAUUCCCUGUUUGAUUUUGUGUGACAUUAAGCGAAAUAUCUGUUGACCCAUUGCUAACUGGAUUUUUUCCUUCUGUCACUACAGAAAUUUCCUCUACCAUUAAUGCAGGCGUUUCUUGUGAUAAUGAAAGGGAAAAUUACAUGUACACAGACUUGGUACUAAUUCAGCUGCCACAAGCCUUAGUGAGAGUGCACAGUUAAAGCUUUCUCCAGUGUUUGCAGCAAUUCCCAAAACGUGUAGAGUGGCUUUGUGGAGUGAUAAUCCAUCCUGGCCUGUCCAGGCAGCAAUAAAGAAGUGGCAGAAUGCUGAUUUAUAACUGCCAAGAAGGUGCUUUGGGAAAAAGUAGAAAUAGCUCCUAAGGCAACUACACAUUCUCCAUGUUACUAUAUGAGUACCUGCUAUUAAA